UUGUCCAUCAUGAAAUUCGCUCUGUUUCUGGGCUUAGUGAUGGUAUGUAUUCUGGCUGUAACCUCAGGCCACACGUUUGAUUCCAGACUGGAUGAAGACUGGAAAAACUGGAAAUCACAACAUGAAAAGCAGUACACCGGGGAUGAAGAGAACUACAAGAGAAUGGUAUGGGAGGACAACAUGAGAUACUUUGAACAACAUAACCUGAAGUACCCGAUGGGGAAACACACAUUCACUGUGGGAAUGAAUGAGUAUGGAGAUCUGACCACUGAAGAGUUUAAUGAAAUCAUGAAUGGAUUCUUCCAAGCUGAAGCUGAUAACUCAACUGAAGAAGACGUUGAUGAAGGAGAUGAUUUUAAUGAAGCUGUUGACGAUCUUGAAUCUAAUGAAAUUGAAGAAGGCGAUGAUGAUCUGAAACUCAGAGCUGUCGACUGGCGUAAAAGGGGUUUGGUUACUCAAAUGAAAAGUCAGUUAACAAUCAGUGCAACAGUGUUUAUAAAGCUGGUGCAGGACAGUUUCUGCUCAAUGUCAAUCCCAGAACUGAGGGAAAUUCUUGAUAAAAUUGUCAAGAGGCAAUGUUUAGAUGCGGUCCUGUUAGUUGACACAUUUGUGGUGCAAGGGCCCUGUGGCUCUUGCUGGGCUUUCAGCAUGACUGGUGCCAUUGAAGGACAAUGGGCAAAGCAAGGAUCCUGCAAGUUUCAGAAAAAUAAUAUUGUUGCCAAAGUCGCCAGAUACAGAAACAUACAAAGAGGAGAACGUUGUUUAGCGAGGGCUUCGAGAAGAAUUGGACCAAUCGCUGUUUCGCUUAAUGCUCGUCCAAAGACCUUCCACUUCUAUAAACAAGGAGUUUACGCUGAUCCAAGUUGCACCCAACGCCGUGGCCAUGCAGUGCUCUUGGUUGGAUAUGGAAGGGAGCGUAGAAUGAACUAUUGGCUGGUUAAGAACAGUUGGGGGACAGAAUGGGGUGAAGAAGGUUACAUCAAAAUCGCUAAGGAUAAGGGAAAUCUGUGUGGAAUUGCCAACUAUGCAGUCUAUCCAACAGUGAAAAGGAGAAUGUGUAAAAUCGCAGUUUCUUCUGAAUCAGCCUGAAAGAAAGAGGGAACCAUUUCUGCUGAUGUUGACUCAUUCGAUGCCAUUACUUUAGCUGCCUGCUGCAAUUUGAAAAGUGGGAUAAUAUCAGCUUCUGCACAUUUCUAUAGCUUCACAUAAAAGGUUAAUAUCAUUCUGCGUUUGAUGCAUGUAACCACAGUAAUAUCUGAGUGACUACAUUCUCCAGCUUGUGGAGAGACAAUAUCCUGCAUGUACAGCUGCUGCUGAGCGAUAUCUUAAAUAC